AUGAACCCGUCAUUCCGCUUUGACGAAGUCGACAUCUUGGUGAAUCGAAAUAGUCUCAGGAAGCUUCUCGACUUCUGCCAAGGGCGGCGACAAGACAGCUUUCGAAUUAAUCUGUACCUGGUUCACCGCACCCUGAUUAUCGAGCGUUGCGAGAAGACCGUCAGCAAGCUGAUCGGCGGUUCGCAGAAUUCUGGGUGGGGCAGGAAUUUCGAGCGCACCCUCACUCGAUACCCGCCUGGGCUAGAAGACAGCACGGCGCAUCACCGGGCUCUUCGAUACCAGCUGGGAGAUCUCACGUGUGUCGUGCGAUUUGAGGUAGAUGCGUGCUACCAGCGGAAGGUCGAGGAGGGUGGUACUUCACAAUCGUUGGCAUGCGCAGUGAAUCGAUUGCAGACCGAUGAUAGCCAAGAAAGAAAAGCUUCUGCCAGCCAACAGCCAACACAACGAGUGCCGAUGGCUCAAGCGAAUGCCGCAGAAAUCAAGACAGCAGCCAGACGCAAGAGCCCGGGGGCAUACAUGCCGCAGCUU